GCCUGGCUAGGAAGGAACCCUGAGCCGGGGUCAGUUAAGGCUUGACCAUGUGGUGGUGUGGGUGGUGUGCGAGUAUUGUUGCUUGAACUCUGGAACUGAUCGUGAUACUUAAAGGCAUCCAAUGUGAUUGCUGGUAAUAUGGGUGAUAAAACAGAACACUCAGCUGUCAUCAAGAGGGUGCAUGCUGAGUUGCGUGCAAAGUGCCUAGAAGAUGGCAGCUCGGACAUGGCCGUGUGGCGGCGGCACGUGUCCCAGGAGGCCGGCAAGGCCGAGUACGCGGCGGCCAUGCUGCGCCAGGCCACCGAGGUGUGGGCGGAGCGUCACGCGGCGGCGCCCGAGCUCUGUCGGCUCGUCUGGACGCACCGCGCCAUCCUCGAGUACCACACCGAGCCUCAGCUGGCCCGGGCGCGCGCCUACGACGACCGGCUGGCGGAGCGACACGGCGCCGCGCCGCACGCCUGGACCAGGUGCGACCCGGCCGAGGCGACGCGCCUGAACUUCGACACCCCAGAUCGCAUGGCAUUGGUAUCAUAACGCGCCCGUGAAAUCCUGUUGAGCUGUAUUUCGCGCUGGAUACGGUUAUGUGUUGCCUGCUGGUAAGCAUGAACACUGAUUUUCCUUUCCCAUGUCCUUUCCUUUCCUUUCUCAUGUACUGCUGUCUGUGGAACUGUCCUGGUCUGCGGCGCUAUUUGUACAUCUCAAGAGCAAUCGACACAUACUGUCAUCCAAAACCUACCCGUA